AUGGCCUAUAUGAUGACAAGGGAUAGUAGUGAGGAAGGUGCUCAGCCUUGGCGAAUAGAGACGGAGAUGGAAAAUUUCUACGAAGUACCUGCUGAUGUUUGCAUUCGACUAACCUACAUCCCGCUGGUGGUCGGCGGCACGGAAGAGUCCCGCUUUGACAAUACGGUGAUAGGUGUGCCAGUGAUCACGUGUGAGCGUGAUCGUGUUGUUGUCACGGUCACGACAUCUCGUCCAUUCGCCGGGAAAAUUUUCGUGAAAGGUGAAUAUGCAAAACGUGAAUGUAUGCGAGCGUACAUGAAUGGCUUCCCGAUACCAUCAGAUGAAGCGCUUCUCUCACCAAAUCGCAAAGGGCCGCCUCGCUCAGACGAGAAGCUUGAAGGUGGUGGUGCCAGUCUGGAAGGAUCAAUGGAAACCGGCGGAGACUAUCUCGAUAGUGUAGAAACACUCCCUUCACCAGAACAAGCCAGUCGAUUCUUAAGUGAGGCCGAUCUGUCGGUGUCCAAUCGUGCUAAAUCACCAAAUAUCCAUCAAAACGUGCCAGGGAGUGCCGAAUAUUUGACCAGUUCCGAGUGGUCAGGCCAUGGUGGUGCCAGCUCAAGUAACCAUAAAGGGCAACCAUAUGUAGGAGCUUUUGGUGGAUCAUUACGAGAAGAAGUUAAAUCUGGCAUGAUAUCGGGUCUAAAGGUUUAUGACAAGCCGAAAGGGUUUGUUCCCGAAGAUCUUCCCAAGUAUCCAGGACCACAAGGAAUGACUUCUGCGAAUUGUCCUCUGAAAUGCGAGCCAUGUGUGUGUCCGAAAGAGCAGAAGGUCCAAGAACGACGGAGGAGAGACACUAACACUGUGGAAUUGUCAGUGCCAUUAGGAGCUUGCAAUACGAAACGCGACAGGAAGGUAUCGCCGCCAACCCUAUCGGUGUCAUUCGUUGCCGUUGUCUCCUUCCACGAAUCAUUUAUAACCAAGCUCGAUCGCGCCUACCGUAUUCAAUGUGCCUAUGUGGAAACAAACAAAAGUCUCACUACUCAACUUGAUGUCGGCACUCUGAAUCCGUCACAGUUGAAUGGAACAGCUCCAUCACCUGUCUGUGGCUACCAUAUCUCUGGCGCCAACGGCCAACAGAUCCAAAACGUUCGGGUUGGAGAUCAGGUAAAACACGAGUGGAUCUGCACCACACCAGCUCCAAAGCUCUAUUCAAUGCUCAUUCAUUCAUGCUAUGUUGAAGAUGGAGCCGGUCAACGUUACCAGGUCAUAGAUGAGAACGGAACCACCAUUGAGAAAAGGGAACAAGAAAUUGGUGUACAAUCCCCAUGA